AUCGUAAGCUGUCACCUCCACAAUACAGAAUACGUGCAUACACCGUGUUCUUGCAUCAUAUCGAACAAAUUGAAUAUUUAAUAUCCCCGUUUGAGGAAGGUCGCCAAGUCUACCUCGCUCGACCGCGAAACCGCGACCGUCAACUUGCUGACCGCAGCAACAUUCACGACAUCGCGCGCGGCGCAUUUCUUCACGAUGGCUGCGCUGGGAUCGUAUUUUCUGGACCUGGUCUACUCCUUCACCAACUGCAUGGUGUGCUUUCCCGGCUCGCCGCAGUUGAAGAUUAACAGCCGGAGUUUCAAGAUCUUGCGGCUACUAGGAGAGGGAGGAUUCUCAUAUGUCUACCUAGUGCAGGACACAUCAAACCAACAGCUAUGGGCCUUGAAGAAGAUCAGGUGUCCCUUCGGCCAGGAAUCUGUCUCGCUCGCCCUGAAAGAAGUCGAGGCAUACAGUCUCUUCUCUCCACAUCCGAACAUCAUUCACAGCAUAGACUACAGCGUAGCCUCAGACAAGUCCGAUCCCGGCGCGAAAACAGUCUACAUAGUCCUACCAUAUUACCGACGAGGGAAUCUCCAGGAUAUGAUCAACGCCAAUCUGGUCAAUCACACCAAGUUCCCGGAGAAGAGGCUCAUGGUGCUAUUUCUGGGCGUGUGCAGGGCUUUGAAGGCAAUGCACCAGUACAAGGUACAGGGUGGACCAGGCGGCGCCGCAAGCCAAAACAAAGCAAAACGAGUCAGACAAGAAGCUGCGAGAGCUGAUGCCGAUGCUGCCGAGGAAGUCGAGAUGAGUGCAUCGAGGAGGAGAGGGGCCAACGGGAACCAAGACCAGGAGGAAAUGGAGGCGGAACCCCUCAUGGAAGACGAGGUCACAAUCAGCCAGGAGGGUAUAGCCCCUGGAGGUGAGCGUGCGUAUGCGCAUCGGGACAUCAAACCUGGAAACAUCAUGAUUGCAGAUGAUGGCAAAACACCGAUUCUUAUGGAUCUCGGCUCGUUGGCACCCUCUCCAACACCCAUCACGUCACGCUCUCUGGCUCUUGCUGUGCAAGAUACAGCAGGAGAACACAGCACAAUGCCAUACCGCGCCCCUGAACUCUUCGAUGUGAAGACUGGAAGCACCAUUGACACCAAAGUUGACAUCUGGUCCCUCGGCUGCACCCUAUACGCUUGCCUGGUCGGAAAGUCGCCAUUCGAGGCCCGCUCCGAGGAGACUGGUGGCAGUUUGAGUAUGUGCGUCUUGGGUGGUGACUGGAGGUUCCCCGAUGAGGUACCCCAUAGGGGCAAGCAACCGGCGUCUACCGAAGAAGCUAUCAGCGACAACGUCAAGGAGGUCGUCAGGAAGUGCCUGCAGGUUGAGGCGAGCGAAAGACCUGAUGUCGACGAGCUGAUAAGGAUAGUAGAGGAUGUCAUCGUCACCUUACCUGGUGAUGGAACGGAGGAGUAAUGUGCUUGCAAUCCCUUUCAUCAUAUGGCGUUCUGGGGCAAUCCACUUGGAGGUGGCGGCUUGUGUAAGAGUAGGAGGAACAUUGGAAUUGGUUCAAUGAGGUUCCCGUUGGAAUGAUUCUUUAUUGCAGCGAUUUCCUCGAGGUAGCUGCCGUCAUGAGCCUUGACUCUUUGCAUGUACAGACUGUUCAAAGGCGGUUUUCAGAUGAGUUUAUUCAAAUGACUCUAUAGUUCAUUCUUCCUUCUACUCGUGACACUAGUGAUUAUGGGGUACUGCAACUUCACUGUAACUUCCCUCCAACGAGGCACCAAAAUAAAUCAGUCAUAGU